UAAUUGGUAAUGUGUGUCAAAAUUAAUUGGAAAAGACGAACCCUAGAGAACGAGCGGUGCCCUCUUCUCUUCCUUUCGUUUCCCUAAUAUACAGUGAGGGUUAUUGGCUCCUUGUCUUUCUCUGUCUAAUUAAAGAUCAAUUGAUCGGUAGAGAGAGAGAGAUGGGAGUGCUGUCAAACAUGAUCGACGAAAAAGAGCUGAAGCCUGGGGAUCACAUCUAUUCUUGGAGGACCGCCUACCUCUAUGCCCACCACGGAAUAUAUGUUGGAGACGGAAUGGUGAUUCAUUACACACGAGCAGCUGGUCAGGAGACAGGAACUGGGACUUUCUUAGAUCGGCUUCUUUUCAGCUCCUCUCCAUCAAAUACGGGCAAUCUUUGUGAGAGAUGUGGUGAUCAGAGCGAGCUUCACGGAGUAAUCCGUUCGUGCGUCAACUGCUUUCUUGACGGAGGCCAUCUCUAUCUUUUCCACUAUGCGGUAUCGCCAGCUUUUUUUGUUGCCAAAGCCCGAGGUGGAACCUGCACUCUUGCUGCUUCAGAUGCCCAGGAUGCUGUGCUUCAUCGUGCCAAUUAUCUGCUUAAUAAUGGAUUUGGUACAUACAAUAUUUUCAACAACAACUGUGAGGAUUUUGCCAUAUACUGCAAGACAGGUCUGCUUAUUAAGACAUCCUUCAGUGGCGGGCGAAGCGGGCAGCUGUCAUCUUUCGCUGCUGGCUUCGGUGCUCUUGCUUCUUCCCAUCUCCGCUUCUUGGCAAUGAACCCUGCUGGCUUGGCAUUGGUUGUCAGCAGCAUGUAUUCAGUUGGCCGUUAUCUGUCUGAUAUUGGUGUUCGCGGGGACGCUUUCAAGAUUCCUGUGGAGAGACUAGUUACACAAUCAGGUGUAGGCCGCCAGACUGAAGAAGGAACAACAGAAGCUGAGACUCAACAGUAGAUGUGAAUAAGUUGGGUGAUUGAAAAAUGACACCUCAAAGUUUAUGUUUUCUUAAUAGCAUGGUUGGCGAAUCAGGUCAAAGGCAAACUGUCGUGUGUUUUUCGUUUCUAUCCAUUUAUUAGAGAAAACAGAUAUCGGUUGAUGUUGCCUGGACUUUAAUGUCUACAGAAUCUAAUAGGCGUUAGUUGUUGA